AUGCCAACAGGUGAGAAUGACAAACGGGCAAACACCCGGGAGAGAUUCAAUGAAGUCUUGAAGAAGUACACAGAGCAAGACCCUCUGAAGAAGAUAAAAGGAAAAGAACCGGAUGAUAUUGCUCUUCAGACUCUAAAGAGAGACGUGGGAAAGGACACAGACCAAGAUGAGACUGUCCUCCCAAAUACACACGACUCAGUUAAAGAGCCAAAGAAAAAAAGCAAAAAGGGAAAAGCCAAACAGGAAAAGCAGGACGUGGACGGUCCUUUAGAGGAUCCAGAGGACAAACUGUUGCUUUAUUAUCAGCAGCAGAUUGCACAGGAGGACAGCACCGCCUCCCAACAGGCCCCUCUUAAUAAUCAUGUGGGGAAGAAGAAGAAGAAGAAGCUAAAGUCUGCGCCUCCAGACUCUGAUGUCGGAGAUACUGAGGAACUUGCAUACCCGCUCUCAGACGUCAAUAAUGAAGUAGAGUCCAAAGGAAAAAAGAAGAAAAAGAAGAAGAAACAUAAACAUAUCCAUGAUGAAGAGAAUGACAUUGAAGCUGCUGCAGAAGAGCCUCAGAGACCGGUCUUUGACGAGAGUCUGGUCCUGGGAGUCUAUGUCCACCGCACAGACCCCCUGAAAACUGACCUUCUCAUCUCACACCCCAUGGUCAAGGUCCAUGUGGUGGACGAAACCACAGGGCAGCAUGUGAAGAAGGAGGACUGUCAUCGUCCUGUGUCGUCCUUUUAUGAGAGUGACAGUGUGGAUCACAUCCUGCCCAUCAUGACUCAACCAUUCGACUUCAAGAAACACAAAAGUGUCAUCCCCGAGUGGCACGAACAAAUCAUCUUCAAUGAGCGCUUUGGUUGGUUCGUGGAAAACGAGGAGGAGAGCCCUAAAGUCUUACUUUUCUUUGAGAUCUUGGAUUUCAUGAGUAUGGAAGAAGCAGCGAGAGCCAAUGUUGGCAUGGACAAAAAUGAACGAGGAUUUAGGAAGAUUGCUUGGGCAUUUCUGAAGCUUGUUGGAACAAAUGGGGUAUUGAAUGUAGACAGCAAGCUCCGCCUCCAACUCUUUUACCCUCCGCUCCGGGCCAAAACUCAACCGAAAACCAUUGAGGUGGUUGAGUGGUGGAGGAAGUACUCAAAACACAAAUAUCCCUCCACACUUUAUGUUACAGUGAAAGGAAUCAAAUUGCCUGAACAUGUGGACCCUUGCAUGAGGUCAAUGAUGGCUCUACAGGAGGAGCGAGGCAGCACGACCUACAGCGAGCUCCAAAAGGAAGUCUCUGAAAGGAAAGGAGUUCCUCAGGCUCCGGACGAUAAGCCUCAUGUUUACAGGUGGAGUCGUCUCCCUGGUCAGGUCUGCCGUAUUCCAAAUAAGACCAUGUUGUGUUUUCGUGGCGGUCAGAUGGGCUGCUUCACCGUGACCUUCUCCAACGCCGGGACUGUUCUGGCAGCUGCUUGUGCCGACAGAGACGCUUUCCCCGUUGUGGUGUAUGAGAUUCCAUCUGGGAGAGUUUUGGCCGCCUUCAAUGGUCAUCUUAAAAUAGUUUAUGAUCUCUGCUGGUCCAGAGAUGACAGAAGACUGUUGUCGGCUUCUUCUGAUGGAACUGUCAGAGAGUGGGACAUUGAACAUCUAUCUCCAAACGCGCAGAAAGUGCUCCCUCAUCCCUCGUUUGUGUACUGUGCCCAGUACCACCCGUCCUCCCAGGGCCUGGUGGUCACUGGGGGGUAUGACAGUGUGGUCCGUGUCUGGAGACUGAACGUGAACGAUAUGAACGGACAACUUCUGCAGGAGUUUGAAGGUCACUCCAGCUUCAUCAACACCAUUGGCUUUGAUUCAGAAGGAGGAAGAAUGUUUUCUGCAGACAACGCUGGCACUAUCAUAGUUUGGAAAAGUUGGGUGAAUGAUCGUCAGCCCUGUCAACACUGGUGCAUAGAAAAGAAAAUACAGGAGGCAGAUCUGAAAGGGGUUCCCAUCAACAAGGUGCAGCUCCAUCCCAACGGCCGCUGUCUGCUCAUCCACGCCAAAGACAGUGUCUUGAGGAUGAUCGACCUGAGAAUGUUGGCUGUAAAGAAAUACACCGGAGCCACUAACUAUAAAGACAGGAUCUACAGCACCUUCACACCAUGUGGAACCUUCAUCUUCUCUGGGAGCGAGGACGGCAUGGCCUACGUCUGGAACACAGACACAGGAGACCAGGUGGCGGUGUACUCUGAGCUCUGUUACCCGACUGCCCUCCAUGGCGUGUCCUUCCAUCCUCAUGAAAACAUGGUGGCCUUCUGCGCCUUUGGCCAGAAUCAGCCCAUCCAUGUGUACGUCUACGAUCGCAAAGUUUCUCAGUUGGAGGUGCACAACAUGAAGGCAGGGAGCCGAGCAGCUUCGGUGGACCCCAGGACCCUGAGGGACACUCUGGACUCCGCCCUGGACCCGGACACUCCCCUCUCCUCUGCCCUGGACCUCUUCACUCAGUCCACCAGACAGGCCCUGAGGAUGCAGACGGUCAAACAGCAGCUGGACUCAGUGCUGGAACCACAUCAGGGUUCCACAACUGCUUUGAUUUUGGAACAAGACAGAAAAGGUCUCAGUCAGAUCAGCAGGAGCUUGACCUUUGACUCUGGCACGAGAGGAUUAAAGAGCCCGGUACCUCCUCCCUCUCAGCUGCAGCUCUCGGGGGCCGCUCUGCCCACUGUCAGCCGUGGCUUUACUCCUGUGGGCCAGCGGCUCAGAGCAGCGUCUCUCAGACUACCUCCGUCUUCAGCCGUUGGUGGAACUACAGACGCUGCCCCCGUGGAGCAAACGGUUGUGGCGCUCUACAACUACAAAGCCAAUCGAUCAGACGAGCUUUCCAUACAGAGAGGGGACGUGAUCCGGGUUCUUUAUAAGGACAAUGACACCUGGUGGUUUGGUCUGUCCAACGGGCUGCAGGGAUACUUCCUGGCUUCGUACGCCGUGGACCAGAGAGACUACGAGGAAGCUUCAAAACAGGAGACUGAAGCAGCAGACCGCACCACGCCCACACGGGUGUCCGCCGUCGUCAGCUCUUCUGGGGAGCUCAAGUUUUUGUCUGAACCGACCUUUUCAGACACAGAUCCAGAGCUCAUCAAUACCAAAAGUAAAAGAAAGAAGAAGUUGAAAAAGCCGGGAUUGUCUCAGAGGACUUGUUCAGAGGCGGACGUGGCCGGUCCCAGCACACACACAUACACAAACACACACACAAACACACACAGGACCUCAGGGAGACCACUCCCAAACAGACCCAGUGGAAGGACCAACGGUGCCUUUGAGCCUGACCCCUGA